AUGGGUGGAAGCAAGCGCAAUGGCAAGUCUAGGAAGGAGCGCACCGUCGACCAGGCACGCGGCGACCCCCGUGAUGGCGUUCUUGGUGGAGACGACGGCCCCGCAGCGCGCGAUGAUCCCAUGGGUGUGGAGGCUUCCUCUACCAGCACCGCCCACUUCGCCAUCCACACGCCGCGCACCGAGGGCGACCAGGACCUCGACAUCCCGCCCACCUUCACGGACAGCCAGCUCGCCGAGGCCGCUGUUCGUGGCGGACAGCCAUUCGAAGACUUCAAGAAGUCGGCCAUCGAGGAGUUCACACAGGCCGCGAUGGCUGCGCUGGCCACUCGCCUGCCUGAGGAGAAGUUCAACGAGCAGAUUAGGCGGCUCCGCGACGACAUGUCGCGCCAGGACGCAAAGAUCGCGACUGUGGGCGACCAGUUCUCCGAGCUUAAUCACAGGCUGUCGCGCCUUGAGCAGGAGCUCGACUUGGCCCGCGCUAAGCCCCGCGAGGCGUCCGUCGCCGACGCGCUUCAGGAGUGGCUGGGCGCGGCCAACCUCCAGCUGGGCGAGCACGCCGAGCUCCUCGGCGACGACCUGUCCAGGCGCAGCUGCAGCUCCGCACAGGCGCUGGCCGCUGGCGUGCGUUCUCAGCUGCGGCGGGCCCCAUCCAUGGUCGCGGUCUGCGUCUCGGUGGACAAGAACAGAAAGGAGGUGGCCAUGGAGAUGGCGCCCAGGAAGCUGCGCAAGGGCGUCCUCGACCACUGGGGCAUCCACGUCCAGGUCAGCUCGGGCUCCCGCAUCCCCAAGGUGGAGUGGAACCUGGUGGCCCUGGCAGACUCCCAGCACACUCGGGAGGAGGCUACCUCCCUGGUGCAGUGGCUCUUCUGUGACAAGGAGAUCACGUGGAAUAUGACGGAGCUCGUCAGCGAAGGCUUCUCGCACUGGGACGCCAGCUCUGGCUCCAUCCGCUGCGUCUUCUUCAGGGGCUUCUUGGGCGGCCCCUGGCCAGACGGCCUCCACUACGCGGCCUGGCGCACAGGGCUUCGGCCUGUUGUGCUCUACGAGGUUCUCCAGUGGAUCGCUCGGGGCAACCUGAUGGACUCCUCCUUCGCGGCCAUGGUAGCGGCGUUCGCCCCCGAGCCUCUCGAGGCGGGCCCCGGAGAAGACGACCUGCAGGGCCUCCAAAUGGCCGCAUUUGAGACCCGCCCUCUAGGUUGGCUGCAGAUGGCCAUCGAGACGCCUCGCCUUCCCCGGCCCGUGAAAGCCGCGCUGAAGGUCUUGCCAUAUAGUCGCUUGCGCGCCGCGCUUCUGGCGGUUGACGCCAGCUGGGCCGACUUCACCUUCGCCUCCUCGGUGGCGCACUUGGGCUUCCAGGUCGGUCCAGGCGCGUCGCGCGCAGAUCAGUGGCGCGCCCCCCUGGCGAAGCACUUGCUCCGCGCGACGGAGAUCAGCCGGCGGGGCGCGCCGUCCGGGGCGGUGGAGGAGCUCCAUCGGACGCGCGCCCUUCCAGUCCUCUCCUCCGCGGCCGAGCUGGCGCCGCUGGGAUGGCAGGAGGCCCGGGGCCAGCGUGCGCUCAUCGCUCGCCUCCCGCGAGCGCCGUGUACCAUGCUACUCGCGCUGGCGCGCUGGAACGGACCGAGGUUCGACUCUAUGUAUGCUAUGACUGCCGCGGCGCUGAUGCGCUCCGCGCUGUCGACGUGCUCCACCUGGCGGGGGGGCCCCCGUUUCCUGCGCGCGCAGGUCCAGGACUCCAGCACGAUGGAUCUGUGGAGCAGGAGCCGGGGCGACCGCAGGUCCGCCAGCCGGCAGCGGCCCGCCAAGGCCGAGGCCAAGGAGCUUAGCUCCAAGAUCGAGGGCCCGAACGACAAGCACUGCUACCGGGCCUUCUGCGAGCUCACGAAGCCCAACGGCACGAAGGUGUCGGCGGCGGGCCCUUGGCAGGGAGACAGGCGCUCGGCGCAGCGCGACGAGGACGAUCUGAAGAAGGCCUUCGAGAAGGGCGGCCAGGAGGGGCCUCUACGCGCAGAAGUCCAAGCUCUUCCGGCAGCGCCACGGGCGGUGAGCAGAGCCCAUAGGCUUUCGGGCGCGGGCUGGGCGCGGGGUGCGGUGGCCCUCGGCGGACGACGUCGCCGCCGCCGCCGUCGCCAAUCGAGGUUCGAGGAGCAUCGAGGGCUUGCCUCCGAAUGUAUGACGCAUCGUGCGCGAGCCUGGAGCGCGCGCCGCCGUGCACGCUGA